CUGAGAGCCACCUAGACCGACUUAAGUCCCGUUUGAAAAUUUAGGAAUUCAGUAUUUUCUGUCUCGGAAUAAAACCUGCCUAAUUGAUAUGAUCAAAAUUGUGCAUUUAGUUGAGAAAGAAUAGGAAUUAUAUUAGAGUUGUAAACAGGCCAGUGGGAUCUAACGUGAAACAACUGUCGCUAUAUACGUUCAUUCCAAAACGUAAAUAUUACAUUUUGAAAGAAAGCAUAACUUGGAUUAGAAACCUCGCAAUUAACAGAGAUCUAUGAAUGAUAGGACGAUGUUGCAAGGAAGUGUCAUCUUAAACAUUCUCCUGGUCGUAAGUGUCACAUACCUGGCUAUAUCCACAUCUUUGGAGCCAGCCGACGGUUCUGUGUGUACAUUUGAUGGUUUAGAGAGGCAGAUAGGCGAGGUCUGGCACCCCGAGUUGAGGCCAUUCGGAUUGAUGCCGUGUAUUAACUGUACGUGUAUAGAGGGCGCCAAGGUGAAAUGCGACAGCAAAGAGUGUGAAAAAGUGCAUUGUAAUAAUUUACAGACCGUCCCGGGGAAAUGCUGCCCUGUCUGCCAAGAUAACACCCCGCCCUCUCAGGAUAAAGACUCCUUUGAGAAUACGUUUGAAUCCAAGCGCUCCUGCGAUUACUAUGGCAACAUGUAUACACACGGGCAGACGUUCGGCACAGAUAAUACGUCACUUAGACCGACACGUGACGAUCAGUGCGUCCAAUGUAUCUGUUCAGACGGCGAGGUAUUAUGCCACCUGAAGACCUGUACCAAUCUAUCCUGCAAGAACCAAAUUCAAGUCCUUGAGGACUGCUGUCCGAUAUGUACCGAUGUUCACUCACCGCUAGAUGGCGAUAGCGACUUAUUUGACCCUGAUUACGUCAUCUCAAAGACAAACAAAAGACCGAAAAAGCCGAGAAAAAGUUGUAAGACGGGUGGUGUAGUGUACAAAAACGGCACCGUAUGGCACCCCAUCGUCGGUCCUUUUGGAAAGAUGAAAUGCGUGCAUUGUAUAUGUAUGAAUGGGGAAGUGUCGUGCUCAAAACUUGAGUGUCCAUCUCUAGCAAGUCUACCUUGUAGCAAUCCACAACCCAGACAUGGUCAAUGCUGUAAAUCCUGCCCCAAUGAUACAAAUGUCGUGAAUACAAUAUCGCCACAGAAUGCAGCGACGCCAUUUCUUACACCAUCUUCACUCACUCCACACAUCGUGAAGAAAGUCCCACAUAACAGACCAAAGAAGAAGAAAGUAAAGCGACCAUGCCCACGGAAGAAAAUGGAUACAGUGGUAUAUCAAGCAGACUCCGAAACAGAGAUUGCACUCAUAUUCGACAACGUGCGCAUGCGCACCACACAAAUAUAUACUUGGACGAUAGAUGGCGGUCACAUGACUGACUUCACCAAGCGCAGCAUACACGAUAUUGGAGGCGGAGUUGGAAUCUUAGAGAGGGGCGAACAGAAAUAUAGAAUCACAGGAAGUACUUCGAAAAAAAAAAUCUCAAAAUUUGACAAUAAAGUAAAAAAGAUCAUGAGAAAAUGUCAACCAAAGUGCAAAAAACAAUUGAUGAAAAAAAUGACUCGAGUUCUGAAACUGAAAGCAGUGACAUUCAAAUAUAAGUGUCGCUAGGGGGCGAUGCUACAAAUUAUGAAAGCUGGCUCUCGAUAUUGAUACGUGGAUAGAUGUAUCUUUAUUCGGGUUCAAAUAUUUCCUGUUUAUUAUAAUGAAGUGAAAGAAUGAAGAAAAUAUGGAUUCCUCCUACGGACGCGCAACUUGCGGUAAGCCGUUUCAUCAGUUGACAAGAAACGAGGACUAAAGGAAAGUAUUUCAUAAAUAGCAAUAGGACCUAACAAUAUAAUAAUCACAAGGAAUUUGGAAUGAGCUCUAUUAUUAAUACUAUAAAGAAAAUUCAAUUUCAAGUUUUAGGGGCCCAAAGUUUUUUCUCUGACCUGAUAUUUGCCUCCCCCCUUGUUGGUUCACAGAUCC